GCAAAACAGGGAGGGGACUGAAAAGGUAAAGGUAUGAAGACUGACUGUCAGACUCCAUUUUACACUCGACAGAGCAGAGGACAACAGGCUGUCUGAGGCAGGGUGAAAAAACAAUUUUGCUCAAGAGGAAGGUAGAAAACCUACAACUACCAGAAUGCACUGCACCACACUGGACCAAUAAAUGCUCCCGCUGGUAACUCAGACUUGAAGAUGAGUCAACUACAAGAAGAGGAGGACAGAUCAGCGUCUCCAGCAGCCAGCUGUAUGUCCAUGAAGAGUGACCGGUCCAUUGGUAAUCGUCCAGACUUCAGUAAUGAACCUGGACCCUCAGACACAAAAGGAAAGAAAAGGCCUCAUGAUUCUGUGGAGGAGCAGCCGUCCUGCUGUGCUUGGUGUCAGGGCGUCCUGAAGGAUCCAGUCUCUACCAGCUGUGGACACUGGUUCUGCAGACAGUGCAUCACCUCAUACUGGGACCAGUCUGCUUCAUCAGGAGACUCUUCCUGUCCCCAGUGUGUAAAAAGAUCCAGAACAAUUCCUGGUCUGCAGGAGGUUGUAGUUGGACAUAAGAUCAGUCUGACGACGAGUUUUAAACGUGUAAUUGAAGGAACUUGUGAAACAGGAAGUAAAACCCUCCUCAACAAGAUCUAUACUGAGAUCUACAUUGCAAAGGGACAGAGUGAAGAAGUUAAUACCCAACAUGAGGUGACGCAGCUCGACACAGCUUCCAAGAAGAAGAUCCUCCACGACAAACCAAUCAAGUGCCAUGACAUCUUGAAAGCCUUACCUGAUGAACAGAAACCCAUCAGACUCGUUCUGAUGAUCGGCGUCGCUGGCGUCGGAAAAACCAUCUCAGUUCAGAAGUUCUGUCUGGACUGGGCCGAGGGUUUACAAAACCAAGAUAUCAGUCUGGUGAUUCCGCUUUCCUUCAGGGAGCUGAACUUGAUCAAAGAUGAGCAGUACAGUCUUCUGGAGCUGCUCCGUGUUUUUCAUCCAUCAUUACAGAAGCUCACAGCAGAGCAGCUCGCUGACUCUAAAGUUCUCUUCAUCUUUGAUGGCCUGGAUGAAAGCAGACUUUCACUGGAUUUCAACAAGAAUGAGGCUGUUUCUGAUGUCACACAGAAGUCAUCAGUCAACAUGCUGUUGACAAACCUCAUCCAGGGGAAGCUGCUUCCCUCGGCUCUCGUCUGGAUAACUUCCCGACCUGCAGCAGCCAAUCAGAUCCCUCCUGCGUGUGUUGACAGGGUAACAGAAGUACGAGGCUUCACUGACACCCAGAAGGAGGAGUACUUCAGGAAGAGAGUCAGUGAUGAAGAGCUAUCCUGCAGAAUCAUCUCCCACAUCAAGGCAUCCAGGAGCCUCCACAUCAUGUGUCUGAUCCCAGUCUUCUGCUGGAUCACUGCUACAGUUCUGGACCACAUGUUUACUACAGACCAGAGAGGAGAGCUGCCCAAGACCCUGACUGACAUGUACUCGCACUUCCUGCUGGUUCAGACAAAGAGGAAGAAGCAGAAGUAUGCUGAGGGACAUGAGACGAGUCCACAGGAGCUGACGGAGGCUGACAGGGAAGUUCUUCUGAAGCUGGGGAGGAUAGCGUUUGAAGAGCUGGAGAAAGGAAACAUUAUGUUCUACCAAGAAGACCUGGAGCGCUGUGGUCUGGAUGUCACAGAGGCCUCGCUGUACUCAGGAGUUUGUACAGAGAUCUUCAAAACAGAGAGUGUGAUAUUGCAGAAAACAGUCUACUGCUUCGUUCAUCUGAGCGUUCAGGAGUUUCUGGCUGCAGUCUACCUGUUCCACUGUUACACCAACAGGAACACACAGGUACUGGAGGACUUCCUGGAUGAUGAUGAUGUUGUUGUUGAUUGGGACAAUGAUACUUACCCAUCUCUGGAUGUCUUCCUGAAGAGAGCCAUGGAGAAAUCCCUCAAAAGUAAAAAUGGCCAACUGGACCUGUUUGUCCGAUUCCUUCAUGGCCUCUCUCUGGAGUCCAACCAGAGACUCUUAGGAGGCCUGCUGGGUCAGACAGACAACAGUCCAGAAAUCAUUGAGAGAGCCAUCAACAACCUGAAGGAGAUGAACCGAUAUGGGAUCUCCCCUGACAGAAGCAUCAACAUCUUCCACUGUCUGACAGAGAUGAACGACCGCUCAGUCCAUCAGGAGAUCCAAGACUUCCUGAAAUCCGAGAACCGAUCAGAGAAGGAACUCUCUGAGAUCCACUGCUCAGCUCUGGCCUACAUGCUGCAGAUGUCAGAGGAGGUUCUGGAUGAGUUGGACCCGAUGGCGUACAACACAUCACGGGAGGGACGAUGGAGACUGAUUCCAGCUGUGAGGAACUGCAGAAAGGCUCGACUUACUGACUGUGACCUCUCAAAGACUCACUGUGAAGUUGUGGCCUCAGCUCUGAAGUCCAACCCCUCUCAUCUGAUAGAGCUGGACAUGAGUGACAACAACAUCUUCCGGGAGGGUUCAGGAGUGAAGCUUCUGUCUGCUGGAUUAGAAAGUCCAAACUGUAGACUGGAGACUCUGAGAUUGAGAUGCUGCGGUUUGUCAGAGAUCAGCUGUGGUUCUCUGGUCUCAGCUCUGAAGUCCAACCCCUCCCAUCUGAAAGACCUGGACCUGAGUUACAACAAGCUACAGGAUUCAGGAGUGAAGCUGCUGUGUGAUUUUCUGGAGAGUUCAAACUGUAGACUGGAGACUCUGAAAUUGAGGAACUGCAGUUUGUCAGCGAUCGACUGUGCUUCUCUGGUCUCAGCUCUGAAGUCCAACCCCUCCCAUCUGAAAGAGCUGGACCUGAGUUUCAACGUGCUGAAGGAUUCAGGAGUGAAGCUGCUGUGUGAUUUUCUGGAGAAUUCUCACUGUAGACUGGAGACUCUGAGAUUGGGGAGCUGCAUAUUGUCAGAGAUCAGCUGUGCUUCUCUGGUCUCAGCUAUGAAGUCCAACCCCUCCCAUCUGAGAGAGCUGGACCUGAGUAACAACGAGCUGAAGGAUUCAGGAGUGAAACAGCUGUGUGAUUUUCUGGAGAGUUCAAAAUGUAGACUGGAGACUCUGAAAUUAUGGAAAUGUACUUUGUCAGAGAUCAGCUGUGCUUCUCUGGCCUCAGCUCUGAAGUCCAACCCUUCCCAUCUGAGAGAGCUGGACCUGAAUGACAACAAGCUUCAGGAUUCAGACGUGAAGUUGCUCUCUGAUCUUGUGGAGAGUCCAAACUGUAGACUGGAGACUCUGAGGAUCACUGGCAAGUUGAUCACAGCUGAGAAACACCAGAAAUGAAUGUCCUUUAAAUUGUGGGACAUUCGUCCGGUGAAGACCUCAGGGACUGUGAGCAAGGGAGAGCUACUCGGGAGCGGAGAUCUACUCGCCAAAUAUAAUUCAAAACUAUAACUAACUACCCAGCAACUGCCCAGCAUCUGACAACUCAAAGCCAACUCAAACCCAAAACAAAGCCAAGUCUAAACCAAUCUGAAGCCAACUCGAUCAAAACCCGUAAAUAUCGAACCCAACCCAAACUAGAAGCCAACUCGAACCCAAAACAACCUGAACCUGAAGUCAAGUCCUAGCCAGCCUGAAG